AUGGACACCAAGCACGCGGAUUCGUUCGAGGAGCGUGACGUCGUCGUCGACGCCGGCUGCGUCCGCGCCGUGCUGGGGGAGCUGGUCCUCACCUUCCUCUUCGUCUUCACCGGAGUCGCCGCCGCCAUGGCCGCCGGGGUUCCGGAGCUGCCGGGCGCGGCUAUGCCGAUGGCGACGUUGGCCGGGGUUGCCCUCGCGCAGGCGCUGGCGGCGGGGGUGCUGGUGACGGCGGGCUUCCAUGUGUCGGGCGGGCACCUCAACCCGGCGGUGACGGUGGCGCUGCUGGCGCGCGGGCACAUCACGGCGUUCAGGGCGAUGCUGUACGUGGCGGCCCAGCUGCUGGCCUCCUCCCUCGCCUGCAUCCUCCUCCGCUACCUCUCCGGCGGCCAGGCUACUCCGGUUCCAGUGCACACCCUGGGCGCAGGCAUAGGCCCCAUGCAAGGGCUGGUCAUGGAGGUCAUCCUCACCUUCUCCCUCCUCUUCGUCGUGUACGCGACCAUCAUCGACCCUCGGACCACGGUGCCCGGCUACGGUCCGAUGCUCACCGGCCUCAUCGUCGGUGCCAACACCAUUGCCGGAGGUAACUUCUCCGGUGCGUCCAUGAACCCCGCUAGGUCCUUUGGUCCCGCGUUGGCCAUGGGAGUGUGGACCAACCACUGGGUCUACUGGGUCGGCCCGCUGGUCGGUGGCCCCCUCGCGGGGUUCGUCUACGAGAUGGUGUUCAUGGUGAAGAAGACGCACGAGCCUCUGCUUGGCUGGGACUUUUAG